AUGCUCAGUGUCACCACCGAGGGAAACGUGACUCAAACGCCAGUGACAGCGCAGUGCAGGCCCGUCUGCCCCAGGCUGUUCUUAGAGAAAGUGCAGGGUGUCCCCGAGAGACCCCCUGGCCCCCAAGCCUCCAGGCACAGCUCCGUGGUGCUCCGGGCCAUUUCCACUAACAGGCGGCAGUGGGAACAGACCAUGGCUUCUUGCCCGGAGCUGGAGGACGCCCCACGGGCCUGCUUGGAGGGGGCCGCCAGCCCCCCGUGCACAGGGCCCGCAGGGGCCGAGGACACCCGCAGACAGGAACCCGGCGCCCCCGGAGCCGAGACGGAACUUGCACUGGCCUGUUCCACUGUGGCUCUGGUGGAGGAGCCCGCGGAGGAGGGAGACCCCUGGGACCUGCCUGCCCUUCAGGACAAGGGCAUCAAGUGGGCAGACAGGGACACCAGAGGGAAGUUUCUCUGCGUCUUCCAAGGGAUCGGGAAAUUCAUCUUGCUUCUGGGACUUCUCUACUUGUUCGUGUGUUCCCUGGAUGUGCUCAGCAGCGCUUUCAAGCUGGUUGGAGCAAAACUUGCUAAACAUUUCUUCAGCAACAACUCUAUUAUGUCCACGCCUGUGGGGGGUCUGGUGGUUGGGAUGUUGGUGACGGUCCUGAUGCAGAGCUCCAACGUGGCCUCAUCUGUCAUUGUCAGCAUGGUGGCUUCCUCACUGCUGACCGUGAGGACCGCCAUCCCCAUUAUCAUGGGGGCCAACAUCGGGACCUCCAUCACCAACACCAUCGUGGCGCUCAUGCAGGCGGGAGACCGCAGUGAAUUCCGGAGGGCUUUUGCAGGUGCCACCAUUGAUGACUUCUUCAACUUCCUCACUGUGUUCCUGCUCCUGCCCCUGGAGACUACCACCCAUUUUCUGGAGACCCUGUCUAACCUCGUUGUCCAGACCUUCCACUUCAUGCAUGGAGAGGAUGCCCCCACGCUUUUGAAAGUUGUCACUGAUCCCUUCACGAAGCUCAUUAUCCAGUUGGAUAAAAAUGUUAUGAGCCACAUUGCAAUGAAUGAUGAAUCUGCUGAAAACAAGAGUCUGGUCAAGAUUUGGUGUGAGACCUCUACCAAUACGACUCAGGUGAAUGUCACCGUCCCCGCACCUGAGAACUGCACCGCCCCUUCCCUCUGCUGGACGGACGGUGUCUCCACCUGGACCAUCAAGAACGUGACCUACAAGGAGAAUAUCGCCAAGUGCCAGCACAUCUUUGUGAAUUUCAACCUCCCAGACUAUGCUGUUGGCAUCAUCCUGCUGAUCGUGUCCCUGCUGGUCCUCUGUGGCUGCCUGAUCAUGAUCGUCAAAAUCCUGGGUUCUGCGCUCAGGGGGCAGUUAGCUGCUGUGAUUAAGAAGGUCCUCAACACUGAUUUCCCCUUCCCCUUCGCCUGGGUGACCGGCUACCUGGCCAUCCUUGUGGGAGCCGGCAUGACCUUCAUCGUGCAGAGCAGCUCCGUGUUCACAUCGGCCAUCACCCCGCUGAUUGGUGUUGGUGUGAUCUCCAUCGAGAGGGCGUACCCACUCACCCUGGGCUCCAUCAUUGGCUCCACCACCACCUCCCUCCUGGCCGCCCUAGCCAGCCCAGGCAGUACUCUGAGGAGCUCACUCCAGAUUGCCCUGUGCCACUUCUUCAUCAUCAUGUCCGGCAUCUUGCUGUGGUACCCCAUCCCGUUCACCCGCCUGCCCCUCCGCCUGGCCAAGGUGCUGGGCACCAUCUCAGCCAAGUACUGUUGGUUUGCCGUCUUCUACCUGAUCGUCUUCUUCUUCCUGAUCCCCCUGGCAGUGUUCGGCCUCCUGAUGUUUGACUGGCCAGUGCAACUGGGCUUGGGGUUGCCAGCCAUCCUCGUCCUGCUUUCUGUGGUGAUUAUCAAUCUCCUGCAGUCCUGCUGCCCCAGUGUGCUGCCCGAGAAGCUGCGGAACUGGGACUUCCUGCCCCUGCGGAUGCGCUCGCUUGAGCCGUGGGACGGCCUGGUCUCCUCGGCCACCAGGUGCUGCCAGAGGCGAUGCUGCUGCUGCUGCCCCAAAUGCAGCAAGUGCUGUGAGGACCUGGAGGAGGCGUGGACACCGCAGUGCACAGCCCUGUAG